GACCGAUUCAUUCAUUAAAGGAUGUGUUCAAAAGUUAUUUUGGACGAGAAACUAAUAGAAUGUGUUAGAAUGCAUGAAGUAUUGUACAACACAGACCGGAAAGAAUAUAGUGAUAACUAUUUUAAAUUAAAAAUAUGGUCUCAGAUUGCGAAGAAUUGCGGAAUGGCUUCGGGUGAAGAAGCGAAAAAAUAUUGGAAAAGUCUUCGCGAUGGGUACAGAAGCGCCCUCAAGCUGUACACGUCGGGUAAAACUGACCCUUCUAAAAAAAUCAGAACGUGGAAAUACUUCGAGCAAAUGAAUUUUCUGCGUCCUUAUAUGCGGAACCGACAAAGAAAAGAUAAUGCGAAUUCUGAGCAUUCCGAAGACAUUGAUACGCUUGACGAGAAUUCUCAGGAAAAUAGGCCUAGUGACAUAAUUAAAGAAGAAGAUUUGGAGUAUUUUGAAGCUCCAGAUUCGAUUGACGCCGGAAAUGAAGGAUGUUUCCAAAGCGACAGUCCCGUUCCACCCAAAAAAAUGUGUUUAACUGCUAAAAGCAGAAACGAUCAGUCAGACGGAACACCUACAGGAAUACACUGGACCCAAACAGAAUUUUGUCCAGUGCCUGAAGAUAGUUUGAAAUUAUUUUUUGAUGCCAUGUAUGCUUCAACUAAAAAACUACCUCCAGCAUUACAACGCGCAGUUAAAAGCAAGUUAUUUCAAGCUGUUGCCGAGGCCGAGAUUGAAAUGGAGCAAACUGGCAAUACAUAUUAG